CUCAACGGUCCUCACACAACAAGAUGAGGAUCGGGAACCCUAAUCUUACAGGCUCGCCCGUUCGAGAUUAUGCUAGUGGUUUAGCUCAGCGAGUCGAUGCGAUCCGGCGGACGGAAGCGCGAUACGACAAGGCUAAAACUACACUAAAGGAGCUAACAAGAUUAGUUUUAGAAGACGCGAGUGCGAGUGCGCCACACAGGGGUUGUAAGCCAUCAAUCCUUGACGACGUGCAUCGAGAGGAGGAAGCCUCCACAAGCGAAAGGUUCCCUGAAAUGGUCCGACUGUCUCCCCAAGAGGAUGAUGGAAGCACCCACUCGGACCGUGCUGAUGACAAAGACGGGCUGCUCGAUAUAGACCAGGCGAUAGCGCUAAAGCGUCAAAAAGCUAGCGAGG